AUGGAAAGCCAAGGAUAUAAAAAACUCUCUACCGAUGAAGUUGAGGAAUCCAGAGAGUCGUUUUUGUCCCUUCUCUUCUUCCAUCAGAUGAGUGAUGUUUUCAAGACGGGCAACAAGCGAAAUUUAGACGAGAAGGACUUUCUACCUCUUUUAGAAGAACACACUUCCUUCUCAACAACUAAAAAGCUUCAAAAGAAAUGGAACAGUGAAAUUACAAAGAGCCAAGAAAGUGGUAGAAGACCGAGACUUUGGAGAAGCAUUAUAAAAACUAUUAAUUUUCGGGAAGUGGCUAUUAUUAUUUUUGCAGAAGCUUUGAAUUUUAUAAGCCGUAUGAUUCAGCCUCUGCUUCUUGCAUAUCUAAUCUCAGCACUGACCUCAGAUGAUCACCACUAUACUCUUAUGACGUACGGAGUUGCCAUAGCAAUGGGCAUAAGUCCUUUGAUAGGCUCCUUUGGACUCCAUCAUCGGGCAUAUUGCAGCGAACUGUUUGGAAUAAAAGUCAGCAGCGCCCUUAAAGGUCUCGUUUACAUCAAGGUAAGCACCUGAGAGGACCUAUUUUGCCUUUCUCUGUACAGUCACUUUGUUUGAGUGAUGAAAAGUAACAGGAAUGGGAGAGAACCAGAGGUGGAAAUCUGUUUACCCGCCGAAUCAUGCACGUACUUCCAGGGUAUAUAACAGAAUAGGCAACAACUGUACGAGACACGUAGGUAAGAAAGGAAAGCUGCGACAAGUAGGCGUUUAGCUAAGAUGAAUUACAGCCUUCUUACUCUCCUAGGGAUGGAAAAUCCACGAUAAGGACCGUUCCUCGGAACUGUAAUUGCAAGAAAGUUUUCUACUUCUUUAUAAUCUGAGAUAGUAAUCUAAUUGCUUGCUCGUAAUUUCUUUAAUUUUAGACUCUCCUUCUUAGCAAGGAUACCUUGGUGAACGUUUCAACUGGUCGGGUGAUUGACCUUAUAUCAAACGAUGUUCAGAGGAUGGUAGAAGCGCCCUUUUGGUUUUUCCCCUUAGCUUAUGUAUGGCUGGACAUUUUCUUGGCUUCGUUUAUCCUUGCCUUCUUUAUUGGCUGGCAGGCCGUCUUGGGAGUGAUUUUCUCAUGUGUUCUUGUGCCAUAUUACGCCGAGCUUUCCAGUAUGAACGCCCUAAUGCGCCAGCGAACCGCAGCGGAGACUGAUCAGCGACUUUCCCUGAUAACUGAAGUGGUUUCUGGGAUCCGCACGAUAAAAGCAUUUGCGUGUGAGAAUGGUUAUCGCGAGAAAAUACGGAGCAAAAGGAGGUACUGGGAAUCAUUGUAAAAUCAUCAUUAAAACUGCUUCGAACUUUAUCUUUUCGUUUCAACGCAAUCUGAAUAUUGAGCUUAACUAAAAAGUUCAAAAACUAUGAUUUUUGGAUAUUUUUCUUGCUUCGAAAUAGAAUACAGCACAUGUUUGACUUACAAUGGAUAUAGAAAAGAUAUCACUCAGGGUUAGUUGUAAACACAGACCAACCCUCACUCAUAGAUAAAACACAUUGAUAGCAACAUUACACCCCUCCUCAGUGGCUAACCAUCGCAAAUCCUCUUUUUCUUAACUGAUUUGUGCGGCCGAGACAUUCGAAAAUAGUUAACGCUAAAUUAUGCAGAGUUUCUUUGACUCAACCCUAGAGUGUUUUUUUUUUUUUUACCGAUAGACAUCUUCAGAAAUGCUCCUCUGUCAGCUCAUUUCUAUCUAGUGCCGCUUUCCAAUCAAAAGUUGGCGCUUUAGGCCCGGUUUGUUCAUCAAAAUAUACAUUUUCGCUAACAUACGUCAAUCAUUUGUAUUAACAUGGAGCAUCCUUACACUUUACUUACAGAAAAGAAAUUGGCAUCAUACGAAAGAACACUACAGUGCUGUCUUGCAUUGCUACUCUGGAGUACACUGCUGCCCCAAUAGCGACCCUGCUGUCUGUCAUCUCUCUCAUGUUAACUGGUCAGCCUCUCACGCCUAGUGUGGUCUUCCUGAUCCUUUCUUACAUUAACGUCCUGAAUCGAAGUGUCUGUACUGAUUUAGCCCAAGGUUUCUUGAAAACGUAUGAAGCUUACGUCUCCCUCAGUAGGAUAGAAGACUACCUUCUUCUUGAAAACCUGCCUUUGACUUCUUCUAACAGGUUCUCUAAGAAGAAAGGGUAUGUAGAAAAAAGCCCAGUCAUUAUGGGGAACCCGCAGAAUAGUUUAGUGGAUUUCACAGAAGCCAUGUAUGAUAAAAAAAGUGGUAGCCAAAAUGACCGUGGAACACAGGAAAAUUUGCGUGUUUCGAGUUUAACGCACAAACAAACGAAAAGGAAGGAUACAUUCAUAUUACAAGAUGUGGAGUUCGACACCACGCUAAAGAGUUUCACAGCGGUCACUGGAGCAGUUGGCAGCGGAAAAUCUACUCUACUCUCGGCAAUCGCUGGCGAGUUGUCAAACGUGAGUGGAACAAUUUCUUUUAGUGGAACGUUCGUCUAUGUACCCCAGAAAGCUUGGGUCUUCUCUGGAACUAUUAGAGAAAACAUUUUAUUCGGCCAGCCUUACGAUGAGAUCAGGUACGCUAGGACAACCGAGGUUUGCGCCCUUGUAGAAGACAUUGGGAGGUUUCCUAACGGUGACCAAACAUUUGUUGGUGAGCGAGGUGCCACUCUGAGUGGAGGUCAGCGCGCAAGAAUUAGUUUGGCGCGGGCGAUAUACCUAGAUGUAGAUCUGUAUUUGUUAGAUGAUCCUCUAAGUGCAGUGGAUUUGAAAGUUGGCCAACAUAUCAUGAAAAACUGCAUCAUGGGGUUGUUAGGAAACAAAACACGAUUGAUAGCUGCUCACCAAGAGGAACACUUAAAAGAAGCCGACCAAGUGAUUGUGCUGUACCGAGGUAAAUUACUUGGAAAGGGUAAAUUCUCGGAGCUUCAAGAAAGAUGCAUUCUAAAUGGCGGCACUGUUACACAGUUCCACAAUGAUCCGAAAGAACUAAAGUCUGACAGCGCUAACAUGGAAAAGAGCAAAAAGGGAGAGGAUGGAAUGGUGCAACUAACCAGUAGAGGAAAGGAUAUGGAGAUUUCUGAGGAAGAUCGCUUUAGUGGAAAUGUGUCAUCUAAGCUGUACUGGAGCUACUUUAGAAGCGGAAUUAGUACCUUACCGAUCAUUGCAACAAUUUGUUUUUUUCUUGCUGCCCAGGGUAAGCCAGUUCAGUCAGUUUUGUCUUUCGAAAAAGCAAGCUCAUGUUUAUUGAGGAGUGUAGCCUUGUACCUAUCCUUCUUAGAAGGCAAAAGAUGUGUUGUGAUUAAGUAAAUAUUAAAACUCAUUUUCUUAAAAAGCCAUUUUGAUGCCAAUAGAGAAUGCAUUACAUCAACACUACUCGAUCUGGCUUCAAACGAUUCUCCCAUUUUCUUUCCCAGGAAUUCUUGUGGCUCCAAAUGUGUGGCUGGCGUUUUUGGUUAAGAGACCACCAGGGGAGCAGCGAUACAAGAGCACACUUAUCAUUUAUGGUUGUUUAGUUUUUGCGUCCGUCGUUUUUAUCUACGUAAGAGCAGCUGUGUUCUUGUUAGUGAGCUUAAAAUGUACUGAAAGACUUCAUGACAAUAUGGUGAUAGCUGUCCUACGAGCGCCAGUUCUUUUCUUUGAUUCUAAUCCCUUGGGUAGAAUUCUCAACAGAUUCUCCGAGGACAUCGGAUGCAUGGAUGAAAUACUUCCCCAAAAGUUUCUACUCUCGAUACAGCUGUCGCUGCUAUUUUUGACCACGAUUACUCUACCAAUCGUCGCAAAUCCCUGGCUUCUGAUCGUCUUUUUACCGGUUGCUGUCCUGGUCGGUUUUAUCACGAGAUAUUACCUAAAGACAUCUAGAGACCUGAAAAGAUUAGAGGUUGCAUCUCGUAGUCCGGUCUUGUCUCACUUAGCGGAAACUAUGAAUGGCCUGGAUACUAUUAGAACAAGAAGCAGACAGAGAGCUUUUGAGGAUAAGUUUCACAGGUACAUGUUUGAUAUUUUUGGUACAUGUUGCAGAUACAUUUCAGAUAUUCAUGUCAGUCUUGUCGAGCAAUGGAACAGGGGAACAGUGCGCCUAAGUCUUGGGAUAGGAGCCACGUGCAGCGAGGUUUUCUUUUCAAAAACAUAACAAAUGAUAAAAAUGAAAUGAAGAUUUAAAAAAAUGAAUAGACAGAAAAAUUGUAUAGGAUAGACUUAAAAAAAACAUACCAUAAAAGCAAAAAAGAUAAAAACCCGGCCGAUAAAUGACAUCCUGCGGGCGCAGAUAAGCAACAUUCCCUCCAUAAGACAUUUCAAACUAUUAGCUAAAUAAAUUGUACUCCCGUAAAGUUUGAUUUUUUUGUUCCUAAUUUUUUUAGCUCGCUUCCAAUUUCAUCUUAUGCAUACGUUAUCUCUCAGAUCGUUUGAAUUAACAUUGCCAAGCUAAAGAGGGUAGGACACACUGAAAUUUGAUUCACACACGAAAAAGUCGAUUUGAACCAAACUUUGUAUGCAUUAGGGAUAGGGAGAUAUUAUUGAUAUUAUUAUUAGUAUUAUCAUUAUCACUAACUUUGUUAUUAUAACGAAAAAAACUACAGCAUUAUUAAUAUCAUUUAAAUUUUCAGCCAUUGAAAUGGUUUGCUGGUAGUGGUUAACUUCAAAUAAUUUUUUCCCGAAAGGCAUCAAGAUCUCCACAAUCAGGCUGGUGUAACGUGGAAACAAGGCUCGAGAUGGCUUUGUGUUCGCCUGAGUCUUCUGUCCUGCCUAUUAGUGACCGUAGUGGCUCUCGCAUCGGUAUUGAUGUCACAGGAUGCCGGUGAGUAAAACUGUUUACUUUUGGUCUCGCAGGAAACCAGGUGUCAAACUUGGUCCAUGUUCCAUGAUUCUUUUGAAUCGUAAAAUUCCACGUGCACAUUGUAUUACCAGCCUCCUUUGUGAAAGAUUUUUUUGAAGAAAAAAAUGAUGUUAUCUCGUGGAUAACUAGUUUACCUAGGUUUAUGCUGUUGAUAACAGAAGAUAAGGCAUAAACUGAAGAACGAUGAGAAAACGACAAGCAACAACAACAAUAACAACGGUAUCCAGAUUUGAUAUAAAUGUGCGCCAUAGCACCUCAAAAGCUAAUCUUGUGUCAUUACCCGAGGGACGCAGGCGGCUGACAUUGAUUGAGGACAUAUAGCACUAGUUGAACUAUGCCUAAAUUCGCACAUAAUUUUGAUUGCUAAAUUCAGUAUAUUCAAUUCAAAUCAAAAUUGCAAGGAAUGGUAUGGAAAGAGAUCCACUACCGCAAUAAUGGUGUUCAGGUCAAUCAGGUUUCCUUGACCAAGCAGGCAUUAUUUGGUGUAUAAAAAAAAAACCUCUCCGUGUUAAUGAGUUGACAGCCUUGACCAGCUGUUUGGCAUUCUUCGUAAGAUCAAUACCAUGUGACACCUGGUGGUUUUCUGAAUCAAUUAGUCAUCCUUAAACUAAUCUGGGUUGUCAGCUAUUGUUGGCCCGAUUUCUCUUGCCAUUUUAGAAAAGUUCUGUAAAAUAAGAUCUACCUAUAAACCUCAAAGCAUUUCAUUUGUCUCACGCCAUUAUCCUUAGUAUAACGCCACAUACCAGAAGCAUCAAAAGGCAAAAGCUAAUCUUUCAAUAAAGACGAAACUCAAAUAGAUGUAGAAUCAACUCAAAAAUACAAGGGUAUUUUUUCUGAGGAGAUUCAUGUGUCGUUUCUAUUUCGCCUUUCAGCUUUUGCGGGACUAUCUCUUGCUUACAUCAUCCAGACUGUUGCCAUAACUGAACUCACUGUCAGAGAAUUAGCAGAUGUCGAGACUUUUAUGACGUCAGUGGAACAAGUGAUGGCAUACACCAAGAUUGAUCCUGAGCCCGGAUACAAACAGGAACGACUUCCACCGGCGCGAUGGCCAAGCGAAGGAAAUAUCACAUUCCAAGACUUUUCACUGACGUACUAUCCUGGCGGUCCGCAAGUGCUGAAGGGCAUCAAUCUGUCAAUCAAAGGAGGUGCAAAGAUCGGAGUGGCGGGACGUACAGGAGCCGGGAAAUCAUCAAUUGUUGCGGGUCUUAUGCGCAUGCCUGACCCAAACGGACAAGUAAUAGUUGACGGCAUUGGAUUGAAAGAUCUCAACAUACAGGCGGCUAGACGAUUCAUAUCCAUCCUUGGCCAAGACCCCGUCAUCUUUGGUGGCCCUUUGCGGAAAAAUCUUGAUUUCGAAGAGCGGUUCGAAGAUGCUGAUCUGUGGCGAGUGCUAGAGGAUGUGCAGAUGAGAGACUUUGUAGAAAGGCUCGAUGGACAGCUGAAUUAUGAGUUAUUAGAACAAGGGUCGAAUGUAAGUGUCGGAGAGCGGCAGCUGAUUUGUUUGGCCCGUGUGCUGCUGCAACGAAAUCAAAUCGUCAUCUUGGACGAGCCUACUGCGAACGUGGAUCCAGAUACAGAACAAACCAUUUGGAAGGUAGUAGGCAAGAUGCUCAAGAACUCCACAGUCAUCAUUAUAGCGCAUCGAUUACACACUAUUCAGGACUGUGACAAGAUUCUUGUUUUCCACAAUGGCGAAAUAUCCGAAUAUGAGAGUUUGGAUGAGGCCAGCAAGCACCUUACAUAGAGUUUCCCAAUUUAUAGGCAAAAGCCUCCAUUUGGCGCAAUUAAUGCACGGAUAUUUGUUCGCGGACAUUAUCUUUGUUGAGAUGCGUGCAUGCUGAAAUUUGUUCACGUAUAUUAUCAGAGCUUUGAUAGCACACUGCUUUUGCCAUGCUUUUAAUUGAAUGGAUAGCUUUAUUAGACAGCAUAUACAUUACUUACCUCUUCGUGAUUGGAAGGUACGCUUCGUUUGCGCGAUCUGAUUGGUAUACCCUGAAAGGUAUUAUGGAUAGAUUUCAGAUCACGGUUCCUUUACCUAGACCAAAUGAUUUCAGGGAAAUCUAUGAAAACGGGCGAAUAUAAGGGCGAGGAAUCGCGAGUUUGAUCAAUUUAUCUACUUAUUUUGCAUACUAAAAUUCGUUGAUUAACAGAUACCCAAAAUACCUUCCAAGAACGCUGUGUGCAUUUUUUACUCUUUUCUUCCAUUACAUUUUCUCACCGUUGAGCAAAAAUACCCUUCAUUUCUGGGCGGGUAGCUUAGAAGAAAACUUCCGUAUUUUCUGGAUAUCAGACAGAUUGGAAGAACAAAAAAACCGCAGGCUUUUCGAACCAAUGAAUAAGUUUGAUACAAUUUACAACUUCGUAGACCCAACUUUCAUGUUUUACAGAAGCUAUUAAUGUUUCCUCUACAUUAGUAAUGUAAUGUGAUCAUAUCAUAUAAUUAUAUCAUAUCACGUAAUCGAUGUCAUUUUUGUUCUCGUUCCCUGGGGAAGCUCCUUGUAAAAGGCUUGUGGUUUCUGGCAGCCUGCCACCCAAAUAUAUCAUUUAUCAUGAUCCGUAUAGUACUACUAAAUAUUGUCCUUUAUUCAAUUUUUCUUAGCUUAUUUACAAGAUUUCUUUAGUAUUUUCACUAUUUUCAUUCUCCUACUUAUUUUCUUUACCUCUCGUAAUUUUCAAAUCAUGGAUUCAUUGUAACUAACAAUGGACGGAAAAUUAAAUGAAAGGUGUCUCACGUGACUUACAAAUUAAUGGUCUUCUCAAGGGUGAGAGGCUGAGUCGUGUGCAAUGGCCUUAACACAAAUAACUGUCGGGAAACGUAGAAUUUGGAAGUCAAGUCACCAAUUUCAAUUGGUGAUCAUGAGGCAUGCCCCUCUUUCAUUAAACUCGUGAGUCAAGGAACAUGCUUUGCCCUGAUCAUCCAUCACGCAUGAAAACUCCACCAACC